UUGGGGUCCUAGACUCCUGGAUCUGAGGGAAGAGAAAGGGCUCAGGCUUCUGGGCCUUUAAGGUGGUGAGACUCAGAGGGUGGGUCCAGGCCUUAUUUAGCAAGGCCCUCCAUUCCCCACCCUUUCCUGGCUGCCUUAGGUGAGGGGAGAUAUAAAAGGGCUCAGUUUCCUGGAAGAAGAGCAGGAGCAAGAGAGUUCUGGCUGCCCUGACCAUGAGCCCUGCCCUGCUGCCAGCCCUCCUGGGCCUCACCCUCCUACUGCCCAGAGUGCAGGCCCUAACCUGUCAGUCAAUAGCAGUGGAUACUGUAAUUAAAAUAUCAGAACUGCCCUUUCGAUGGACAGCUGAGAAGGAGAAGCCUUGUGCAGAUGGCUGGGGUUGCCAAGAUGUGCUGAUGCUCACUGAGAAUGGACCCGAAGUGUACAUAGUGGUCAUCAAGGGCUGUACAAAGGAGAAAGAUCAUGAGGCCCGUGUCAUCAAGCAUAGGCAAGGCCCUGGCCUCUCAGUGACCUCCUACACCCGUGUGUGUCGCCAGAAGGACCUCUGCAAUAACCUCUCCAGCACCUUCCCUGUCUGGACCCUGCCUCCUACUGCAGUACCAGGAUUCACGCGGUGCCCAUUCUGCUUGUCUACGAAAGGCUGUGAAUCUGUGACAAACGUGACCUGCCCCAUUGGGCAUACGCACUGCUACAACGGGGUCCUGCAGCUCCGGGGAGAAAGCAUCCACACCAAUCUGGCCGUUCGGGGAUGCAUGUCCCAAGCAGCCUGCAACCUGCUUAAUGAAACUCGGAAAAUCGGGUCCUUGUCUGUGAGUGAAAACUGUGAUCCUAAUGCUUUUCUGACCUGUCGACGGGGGACCAUGAUUAAGAUGCAACCAAACCUGUCUCAGAACCAGGUGCAAUGGAAUGCACUUUCAACUGUGGUGUGUGAUUUAAAGGAGGUGUGUCAGGAGACACUUCUGCUCGUAGAUGUAGGACCUAGAUCACUCAUACUGGGGAGCAAAGGCUGCAGCAAGACUAAGACACAGAGUUCCAAGACUGUCUCCAUCCACUCGGGACCCCCUGGAGUGAUCAUCUCCUCCUAUGCCCAUUUCUGCUCCUCCAACAUGUGCAACAACGCCAGCAGCAGCAGAGUCCUAGUGGACUCCCUCCCUCGUUCAGCUCCCCCUCCCCCAGGAUACCUGCAUUGUCCUGUCUGUGUGCAAAUAGGUGGAUUCUGUACAAGCUCUAUUAAUUUCACAUGCCCUAAUGGUACCACUCAUUGUUAUGACGGCCUAAUCAGUCUCAAUGGAGGUGAGUGCUAAAGGCCAGGUCUCAAGGAUGAAAGGAUUGGCGGCCUGGAUUCACUGGUGCUGCAGUGGGAGGGUGCUUGAGGCCCUGGCUCAUGGGUUUGAGGGUGGAGUGGGCUGGGGACUCAGAUUUCUAGAUCUGAGCAUGGAGAGGCCUAAGAGCCUGAACUCCUGGUCUGAGGGGAGGGGAUUGUAAGGUUUGGGAUUUGUGGAUCAUAGGAAUCUAAGUGGGUACUACUUUGAGACCCCUCUGAGUCAGUAUUCACUCUCUAGGUGGGCUGUCCUCUGCAUUUGGUAUUCAGGGCUGCAUAGCCCAACCUACCAACUCCUUGUUGAGCCGCACCAAAAAUAUUGGGGAGUUCUUCGUAGAUGAGUACUCUGAGGAUGAGAAAGAAGACCUCCUAAGCAGGGCUGCUCCCACCCACUACCUGGCUGGAGUGAUGGGCCUGGGGCUAUCCCUAGCCCUUUGGUUUGGGAUGACCUCCCUGCUGAUUCCAUUUCCUUGUGAUUUUUCUCCCCUGCUGACCCCCUAAAUCCAACCCUUCCUCUGACCUCAUAACCAAACACUGAGUUGUUUUCUCCUCUUCUCCAUGAAUUCUCAUCCACAUGCACACCCACACACUUGGUGACCUGAUAACAUCUGGAAGGGCCUGGGAGCAGCUGCACUGGUACUGUGGCCACAUAUAUCUGAUAAAU